CUUAAUCACAAACCGACGUAAAUGAGUUUAACUAGCGGGAAUUUGCCUCCCUUGAGGCGUUGGUAAAUAUUUCCUAUUAAUUCAUAGACAGCAGUAAGUCUCCGGAUAAGAUAAGUAAAGGGUAGGUGUUGCUAGGGUUUCUGAAGUACCCUCGGGGGGAUUUCUGUCUGCUUCCCUGCCACCCUCCGGUGACAGCCAGGGAGGCGAGGUGCUGAAACACAGGAUGGACAGUGGGGAAUAUAUCUCGACCAUAGAAAACAUGGACCCGACUCUGGCAGAACUGGGGGAUGAGUUUACUUUGGGAGACAUCGAUGAGAUGCUCCAGUUUGUCAGUAACCAGGUUGGCGACUUCCCAGACCUGUUUGAAGACCAAAUUACCUCAGCAGGCCCUCUACAGAGUGGCUCCGCUAGCACCAGCCUGCGCCCCGCCACUCAAACCCCCAUAACUCCCCAGAUUCCUCAACCCCCACAGGCUUCAACCCCAACGGUCUACCAGAGUCCCAGUGUGGGCCUUGCCCCUUCCCAAACACUGGCUCCUCAGUCCCUACCCCUCACCCCUCCCCUCACCCCGGUCCAGACCCCCUCAACCAGCACAGCCUCUGUGCAGCAGCAGGUGACCCGCACCCCUCCGCUGCUCCAGCCACGGCCCCAAGCUGUGCAGCCGAUCCAGCUACAGCAGACUGCUCAGCCUACCAUCCAGGUACACGCCCAGGGGAUCCCGAUGCAGACCCAGAGCUUCCCAGUCCACACGUUGGUUCAGACCCACAGCCAGACUCCUUUGCCCAUCCAGACCCAGGCAGCCCAGACUGUGAUGAUCGCCUCAAAUGGCGGCCAGUCACGUUUCAUUCAGAACCCCGUCAUCUGCCAUCAGGCCCCCACCCACGGUAUCCAAGUCCUCCAACCACAGAUGCAGAGCAUUGUGACAUCUCCACAGCUUCAGCCAAUGACCAUUCAACAUCAGCGUCUUCUCACGUCGCCGGGUCAAAUCCAGACUCUCUCUACUGGACCCACCACAGUCCAUGCUGUACAGCAGCAGGUUCAGCAGGUUCUGGUCCAGCAGCCACAGAUUCUGAAGACAGACUCAUUGGUUCUUACGACACUGAAACCUGACGGCACACAGGUUCUGUCCACCAUGCAGAGUCCAACAGGGAUCACCACCCUGACAACCCCCAUCCAGACCACUUCUCUGCAAGUCCCGACCCUUAUGGGCAGUAAUAUCCUGACCACAGUCCCAGUAAUGAUGGGCGGUGGGGACAAACUGCCAAUCAAGCAACUGCAACCAGGCUCCUCCCAGUGCGGCGGUGGGGCCAGAGCAAGCAUGGAUCAGGGCCAGAUGAUGGGGGGUGGCGUGGGCCCAGGAGGGGUGGUGAAGGAGGGGGAGAGGAGGACCACACAUAACAUCAUAGAAAAGAGGUAUAGGUCAUCAAUAAAUGACAAGAUCCUGGAGCUAAGAGACCUCGUCAUGGGCAGCGAUGCAAAGAUGCAUAAGUCAGGAGUGCUGAGGAAGGCAAUCGACUACAUCAAGUACCUGCAACAGGUCAACCACAAACUACGACAGGAAAACCUCACCCUGAAAAUGGCCAACCAGAAGAACAGGCCGGUGGUGCUGUCUGAGGACAUAGAAAUGAAACAGGAAGUGGUGAUGAUGUCACCUCCUGCAUCAGACUCUGGCUCUGGUUCACCCCACCAGUUCUCUCCUUAUUGUGUUGAUUCAGAGCCAGGCAGCCCCCUACUGGACAAUGACCAGGUAAAGAGUGAGCCAAAUUCUCCUUCCUCUGUGGGAGUAAUGGAUCGCUCGCGUGUGCUGCUGUGUGCCCUGACCUUCCUCUGCCUUUCCCUGAACCCGCUGCCCUCCCUGCUUGGCUCAGAGGAUGUAGGCAGCUCCAGUCUGGCAGCCGGACACAGUCCCUCCAGAACACUAGUCUGGUUGCCGAGCCACACACAGAACUUUGCGUCAUGGCUGAGGUGUUUGUUGCCAUGGGUUGUGGCGUGGGUGCUGAGCGGGGUGGGAGCAGUGUGGGGUUGUGUCAGAGUGCUCUACUUGUGGGAACCGGUCACACCCCUGCAUUCCCCGAAGUCGGUGUCCUUCUGGAGGCACCGCAAACAAGCCGACCUCCAUCUCAACCGGGGAGAUUAUACGGCAGCGCUGACCAGUUUAGAGACCUGCCUGUCCAUACUGACCAGAGCCCUGCCCUCAACCAAACUAGACCUCAUCUGCUCCCUGUCCUGGAAUCUGAUUCGCUACUGCCUGCAUCGUCCAACCCCACUGGGCUGGCUGGUUCACCAGGUUGGAGGAAAACACGAGGGGGAAGAGGCCAGGACCAGUGCAAAGGAUGCAGCUCUGGUCUACCAUAGACUGAGCCAGCUGCAACUUACAGGGAAACUUCCACAGCACAGCAGCCUGUGGGCCUUAUCUCUGUCUCUGAGUGCUGUCAAUCUCAGCGAGAGCGCCCAGUGCAAGAUGGCUCCCACCCAGCUUGCUGAGAUUUAUGUCACCGCAGCUACCGCCCUGCGCACCGUGCUGGGCCACCACCUCUCCUGCCUGCCUGGUUACCUGUUGAGCUGUGCUGAAAGUGUGGCCAGCCAGUCGGAGUCUAAGCCCAUUGCCGACUGCCUACGCUGGCUCUUUACUCCACUGGGCCGGCAGUUCUUCUUGAGCUGUGACUGGUCGGUGAAGUCAGAGCGCUGUGAUGGGGUGUACACCUCUCAGAGAGACCCAGCCAACCCCAUCGCUCAGCUGCACCGCUGUUACUGUGAGAAGCUACUGGAGAGAGCUGUUCACACUCUCAUCCAGCCCCAUGGUGACUCUGAGUCAUGCAAACACAAGGAUGACUCAGGGGAGUUUGCCAGUGCCCUGGAGUUUCUCAAGCUCCUGAAUAACUGUACGGAGGAGUCUGCCACUCCUUCCACUCCUUUUUCAGUCCCGCCCAAUCACACCACCACCCCAGUUGGAGACCCAGUGUGCCGGUGGUGGGCGUUGGUCCUGAAAGCCGCUGUCUGUUGGCUGCAAGGUGACGACGCUGCUGUGAAGUCACUGCUGACAGAGGCAGAACGCAUGCCCCGGGCUCUGCACACGCUUGACCACCCUCUGCCCAAGGCCGUCCUGCUGCUUUGCAAGGCAGUCCAACUGAGUCUGUCCCCUCUGAAGGGAGAGGGUGCCAUAGCCUGUCUGUCCCAUUGCAACAGGGCCAGUAGCUACCUGCGCUCCAGCAUCUCUGUGCCCCUUGCCCAGUCUGGGAACUGGCUUAGCAAGGGAGUGGAGCUCUUGGCUUGUGACCUCCUGCUAACCCUGAGGACCAGCCUGUGGCAGCGAGGAGGCAGCAGCAAUGGAGAACCUGGCCCGGCCCCUGGAUCGCAAUUGGCUGGUUUCCAAAGAGAUCUAAGCGCACUGAGACGGCUUGGACAGUGUUACAGACAGGCGCAACACAAGGUGUUCCUCCAUGAGACCACGGUGAGGUUGAUGGCAGGGGCCAGUCCCACACGGACACACCAGCUACUGGAACACAGUCUGCGACGCAGGACGCACAACUCCUACACGGCCGAGGGAGUGUGCAUCCUGGGGGAGAGAGAAAGGGCCCAUGCCAUCCUGCUGGCCUGCCGCCACCUGCCCCUGCCUCUCCUGACCCCACCUGGGCACCGUGCUCGCCUGCUGGCUGAGGCCAAGCGCACCUUGGAGCGGGUGGGAGACCGCCGCUCCCUACAGGACUGUCAGCAGAUCCUGCUGCGCCUCAGUGGAGGCACCACCAUCGCUGCUACCUGAUCAGCUGCACUGCUUAAACAAACGCACGCACACACACACACACACACACACACACAAAAAUACACAUUAAAGCUAACACGUGAUCAGCUCUAACACUGAACUUUGUGAUUGGGUAAGAUGGACUUGUACCAAGAUAUGUAAACCAGGCUACCCAUUCCCACCAACAUGACAAGAAGAUAAAUAAUCUAGGACUCAUUCACAUCCUCACACUUGUUGAACAGCACUUAGUAAAGGGAUCUAUCUUUACACUGCCCGUCUAUCUAUCUUAUAAACAGGGUUUAACCAUCACAGAGGCAUCCGACUCUCCAUCCUUGUAGUCACACUGAAGGCGAACACACAAAGAAAGGCACAGGAAUACUGGAAAGGCUAUGCACGCACUUUACUAAAGCUCAGUGGUUUUGCUGCAGUGCAGUGAUGCCACCAUCUGGGCAGUAAUGGUAUCAUCCUGGUUUACUGUCACAUUCCUCACACCGCUUUAGUACAAGGACAAUCAGGUUAUAUAGGCCCUAAAGGGAAAAUGGAUAUUAUAUAAUGGCUAUUUAAAUUAACCCAGUGCAGCAUUGAAUUGAUAGGCUGCAGUACAACAAGUUGUACAAUCAGUGUAAGUACACAGCAUUGUCAGCGCUACAGCGCAAAUAUAACGUCUCAUGUAACAUGGAAGCUUUGGUUAAGGGCUACACUCCUUUCAAGCCUAGACAGCCAAGCUGUAUUCAACUUGGCAGUCCCGUAGGACACACUUAAAACACACAAGCUAGCUUUUUAGCUGUACAGUGCUGAGUACUUUCUAUUUUUAUCUACCUCAUACAAUGUUUAAUGCCAGCAUUGUACAGUGCUGCAAUAUAGGACACCUUAGCACCACAUCACUAGACUAUAAAAGAAAUCGAGUGACAACAAAGUGAAGUGUCAAUUUAGUGCAGUGUCACUCCGACAAUAGUACACUGGGCAGCCCUUUUCAAACUUGACAGCGCGGUGCGAUUUAAAUUUAGCUUGCUGUCGCUUUUCUGUGGGCCACUCAUCAACAAACAAGGAAGAACUGGGGAGAGGAUUUGAGAAAUAUCAAGAGGAAUGCGGGUAUAAGACAUAAGCUUUCAGAAUGGACUUGCCUAAUUACACACACACAUACACACGCACACAUACACACACACACGCACGCACACAAGUUUAAUCCAUUGCUUACUCAAAAUGUGACUGUAUAUAGGUUGUACAUAGCCAAAUAGAAAUGCCAGUCUUAACUAGAUCACACAGGACAUCCUUACAGACUGCAAGAGAAGCCCAUCAGAGAACGCAUCACGAUAUCUUAAAAUUGUCUUAAGCUGUUUUCAUAAACGAGGCAGUUGUCAGUGAAAAGAACGAACUCUUGUUCUAAUGCUAGCAUUAGAUAGCAUUAGCAUAGCAAGGUAAGCUCUGACCAACUCACCCCCCCCCCCAACUCUUGCCCUCGUAGUUAAUAUUGAUGUGAAGAUGGUUUAGUCAUAUUUGGUUAAUUAUGAUCCGAGCAAGGAACGCUAUUUCUGGGAAAUGUACGCUGUCAAGCAAAAUGGCCUUGAUGUAGUUAUUCAGAACUUUCAUUUUGUUGUGUUUUAUAAAUGUCUUGGAUAUUCAGCAGAGUUCUGCUAUUGUUGAAUUUCAGUCUGUUUGCCCUUCAUCUGAAAUUGUUUUAUGGCUUAGACAUGAUGCAUCACUUCUCUCAUUCCUUUUUUUUUUGGACUUCAUGUAGCAUCAUAUUUGCUCAAAUUUUUUUGGGAAGUGAGCAAUUAUGCUGUUUCGUUAUAUACUGAUAUGGCAACAUAGGGACAGACACCAUAGGAGGGGGAAGGAGAAAUUUCAACAGGAAGUUUUCCAUUUUCUUGAAAAGGAAAGGUCUCCCUCAGACAAAUUAGCAUGCUAUUUUAGGAAUAGUCUUUUGCCAUAUGUGGGUGGUGUUCAAAUCCGACUCAAAGUAAACACGCGGUGUGCUCUUGGAAGCUAACAGAUGCUGGCAACCUUCAACUAGAAGAGCUUUGCUUUCCAGUUCAAUACAGUUAGUUUAUGCCCUGAAUCAGUAGAGUCCUGAAACCGCUUUUACCCCGCUCUGUCUUCACCGAUUUAGUUUGCCUGACUGGUCGAUGCUCGCAAAAGAGAAAGAAAUGCACAACCAGGCAUUUGCAGCACACAGAAUUGUUGUUGUUAAUGUUCUUGUUAUUAUGUUAUUAUUAUUAUUAUUAUUAUUAUUGUUGUCCUUAUGUUACGAAAUAUUUUUUUGUCUUUUCCCAUGAUGCCGUUUGUAUUGUAUUGUAUUGUUUUCUGGAUUUCUGUUUUCAUUUUGAUUCUUGUUUUUUUUUUUUUAUUAAAAAAAAACUGA